GAGGACGGGGCUGUGGCCUGUGACAAUACUUCCAAACUUAGCGUUCCACAUACAGUGUCCGUGGAGAUCAGGAACUCCAGCUGUCGGGAACAGAGUUUUUACUACACAUCACACGUUCUGUAUUCUCUCUGAUUCACAAGGAUGGACAAGGACAGGAGUCACAGGACUGAGAGUAUAAUAAAUAUCACCCUGGAGAUCAUCUACCUGCUGACUGGGGAGGAUUACACAAUAGUGAAGAAGACAUCCAAUGAGUAUGAGACACCCAGCAGCCAUCUCCGUGUAUCAGGAAGACUGAGUAGAACCCAGAGCCCCAUCACGGUGCCUCCACCUCACUCACUGACACAUGAGAGACACAAUGAUCAGAAGAUCCUGGAACUCACCAACAAGAUCAUUCAGUUGCUGACUGGAGAGGAGGGGGAGUAUAUAGAGGAACACGGGGGUCUGUACGAGGACGUGAUGAUGGAUAAUCACCGGCCCCUCACAUCACUUGAUGGGCCCAGUAACAGAGAUACCCCUGAGAGAUGUCCCCGUCCUCUGUAUUCCCAGGAUUGCACAGAGGAGAAUCACAGGAUUCCACAGGAGGAUCAGGUAGAACGUCUGUCUAAUACUAAAAUACCAGAUAUAGAGGGAGAAGAAGAGACGUAUGUGACUGAUAUAAAGGCAGAAGAUAUAGAGGGAGAAGAAGAGACGUAUGUGACUGAUAUAGAGGCAGAAGAUAUAGAGGGAGAAGAAGAGACGUAUGUGACUGAUAUGAAGGCAGAAGAUAUAGAGGGAGAAGAAGAGACGUAUGUGACUGAUAUAAAGGCAGAAGAUAUAGAGGGAGAAGAAGAGACGUAUGUGACUGAUAUGAAGGCAGAAGAUACAGAGGGAGAAGAAGAGACGUAUGUGAGGGGUGAUCAGCAGUGUAAGGAGGAGGAGAUCCCUACAGAUAUCAGCACAGCAGAUGGACACACAAGCAGGAAUAUCUCAGAAGGAUAUCUAUUGUUAUCCCCGGAUUGUGACAUAAAAGAUGACAGUAGACAGGAUUCUCCAGCAUUUAACCCCAUUACCCCAAUUAUAUAUCCAGCUCUAUCAACUGAUCCCCCUGAUCCUGGGAAAUGUUCUCCUGAUCACUCUGAUAUUGGUGCAUCUGUUACAGCUUUGAGAGUAGAUACAGUGUUUCCCUGGUCUAUAGAUACCAAAUGUUUUACACAGAACACAAACCUUAUUACUCAUCAGCCAGCUAAGGCAGGUGAGAGGCCAUUUCCAUAUUCUGAGUGUGAGAAAUGUUUUACAUAUAAAUCAAAUCUUGUUACACAUAAGAGAAGUCACACAGGUGAGAAGCCGCAUUCCUGUUCUGAGUGUGGGAAAUGUUUUACACAGAAAUCAUCUCUUGUUACACAUCAGAGAAGUCACACAGGUGAGAGGCCGUAUUCCUGUUCUGAGUGUGGGAAAUGUUUUGCAUCGAAAUCAAAUCUUAUUAAACAUCAGAGAAGUCACACAGGUGAGAAACCGUAUUCCUGUUCUGAGUGUAGGAAAUGUUUUGCACAGAAAUCAGCUCUUGUUACACAUCAGAAAAGUCACACAGGUGAGAAGCCGUAUUCCUGUUCUGAGUGUGGAAAAUGUUUUGCAUCGAAAUCAUAUCUUGUUACACAUCAGAGUAGUCACACAGAUGAGAAGCCAUAUUCCUGUUCUGAGUGUGGGAAAUGUUUCACAAAGAAAUCAGCCCUUGUUACACAUCAGAGAAGUCACACAGGUGAGAGGCCAUAUUCCUGUUCUGAGUGUGGGAAAUGUUUUACACAGAAAUCAGAUCUUGUUACACAUAAGAGAAGUCACACAGGUGAGAAGCCGUAUUCCUGCUCUGAGUGUGGGAAAUGUUUUGCAUCGAAAUCAAAUCUUAUUAAACAUCAGAGAAGUCACACAGGUGAGAAACCGUAUUCCUGUUCUGAGUGUAGGAAAUGUUUUUUAUCUAAAUCAUAUCUUGUUAAACAUCAGAGAAGUCACACAGGUGAGAAACCGUAUUCCUGUUCUGAGUGUAGGAAAUGUUUUGCACGGAAAUCAGGUCUUGUUAUACAUCAGAGAAGUCACACAGGUGAGAAGCCGUAUUCCUGUUCUGAGUGUGGGAAAUGUUUUUUAUCUAAAUCAAAUCUUGUUAAACAUCAGAGAAGUCACACAGGUGAGAAGCCAUAUUCCUGUUCUGAGUGUGGGAAAUGUUUUACACAGAAAUCAUCUCUUGUUACACAUCAGAGAAGUCACACAGGUGAGAGGCCGUAUUCCUGUUCUGAGUGUGGGAAAUGUUUUAGACAGAAAUCAGAUCUUGUUACACAUCAGAGGAGUCACACAGGUGAGAAGCCAUUUCCAUGUUCUGAGUGUGGGAAAUGUUUUUCAUACAAAUCAGAUCUUGUUACACAUCAGAGAAGGCACACAGGUGAGAGGCCAUUUCCAUGUUCUGAGUGUGGGAAAUGUUUUACAUACAAAUCAGUUCUUGUUACACAUCAGAGAAGGCACACAGGUGAGAGACCAUUUCCAUGUUCUGAGUGUGGGAAAUGUUUUACAUACAAAUCAGUUCUUGUUACACAUCAGAGAAGGCACACAGGUGAGAAACCAUUUCCAUGUUCUGAGUGUGGAAAAUGUUUUUUAAGUAAAGCACAUCUAGUUUCACAUCAGGAAACUCACACAGGUGAGAAGCCAUUUUCAUGUUCUGAGUGUGUGAAAUUUUUUACACAUAAAUCAGCUCUUGUUAGACAUCAAAGAACUCACACAGGUGAGAGGCCAUUUCCAUGUUCUGAAUGUCGGAAAUGUUUUGCACAGAAAUCAGAUCUUGUUGCACAUCAAAGAAGUCACACAGGUGAGAAGCCAUUUCCAUGCUCUGAGUGUGGGAAAUGUUUUAUACAGAAAUCAAAUCUUUUUACACAUCAGAGAACUCACACAGGUGAGAAACUAUUUCCAUGUUCUGAGUGUGGGAAAUGUUUUACCCGAAAAUCAGAACUUGUUACACAUCAUCGAAGUCACACAGGUGAGAAACCAUUUCCAUGUUCUGAGUGUGGAAAAUGUUUCACAGGGAAAUCAGCUCUUGUUAGACAUCAAAGAACUCACACAGGUGAGAGUCCAUUUCCAUGUUCUGAGUGUCGGAAAUGUUUUGCACAGAAAUCAGAUCUUGUUGCACAUCAAAGAAGUCACACAGGUGAGAAGACAUUUCCAUGCUCUGAGUGUGGGAAAUAUUUUAUACAGAAAUCAAAUCUUUUUACACAUCAGAGAACUCACACAGGUGAGAAACCAUUUCCAUGCUCUGAGUGUGGGAAAUGUUUUACCAGAAAAUCAAAACUUGUUAUACAUCAUCGAAGUCACACAGGUGAGAAACCAUUUCCAUGUUCUGAGUGUGGAAAAUGUUUCACUGGGAAAUCAGCUCUUGUUAGGCAUCAAAGAACUCACACAUGUGAGAAACCAUUUCCAUGUUCUGAGUGUGAGAAGUAAAUCAGCUUUGUUUCACACAAUAGACAUCACACAGGUGAGAAACCUUUUUAAUCUCAUCAUCACAAUUGCCAUGCAUUGUUUCUCAAGUUCCUGUCCUAUCUCCUUUGCUUUUUGCAAUAUGCAUGCUGCUACUGGGUGAAACAAUCAGAUCUCAUACCCUGGUCUACCACUGCUAUGCAAGUAACCUGUCUUUCAAUAACAUCCUAGUGGAUACUGGGGUGAUAUUCGUACCAUGGGGUAUAUAUCGAGUCCAUUAGUGUGUGCUGGCUCCUCCCCUCUAUGCCCCUUCAAGCAGACUCAGUUUAGAAAAAUGUGCCCAAGGAGCCGGGUGCAUUCUCUGGAGCUCCAGAGAGUUUUCAUCAAAAUUUAUGUUAGUUUAUUAUUUUCAGGCAGCGCUGGUUGGCACCAGUCUGCCUGCAUUGUGACACUUAGGGUGGGAACCGAACCAACUUAAUAAAGAGUUAAUGGUUCAUAUCCCCGCUGACAGGACACUCGGGUGUGAGCCCACGCCAGUAGCAUGCCGCCACCCCUAACAUGCCGAAGUAGAUGCAUUGAGUAAUACGCAGGGGUCCCAGUAAGCAGGUCCCUGGUGCAAAUGGCGGCAAAAGGGUGCGGCAGUCACAGGCCUCGAGCUGCGGUGCCUGCUGUGGACUCCACACUGGCACACUGAACAUAGGGUUACUCUCUUUAUAUACACAUGUAUUACAGGGUGGUUUUACUAUUUAUGUCAGUAUAAUCUGCUAGGGUCCGCCUGCCAUGUAAGGGGCGGGGCUUCCCAGAGAGCGGGUCCAGAGACUGGAAAGGCGCCAUUUCCUGCUGCUGGUUACAGACUGCACGCUCAAUCUGCUCCUCCACAGAGGCCAAUGCACCACGUUUUGUACUGGCACCAGGGGGUCUGAUAGAAAAGGGGGGAGCGCAUAUAUAGCCGUUACACCGCUGGACACAUAACAUGUGUAAAAUAUACCCAGCGGAGCCCUGCCCUGAGCUGAGGUAUUGUGUGCUGGUCCCAUUCCUCUGUGUUCCUCCAAUCAGGGUUGUCUGGGUUACUGUGCUGUUCUCUAUUGUGUGUCACUGCACUGUGAUAUAAAUAUCUGUGUUUUAUGCUGUAAGCUUGUCCGAGAAAAAAUCUUUGUGUCCUUCUUGCAACACCAAGUUUACACCCUCUUCCCAGGGGUCCCUGCUCUGUACCCAGUGUUCUUUACCUUCACAGGGUAGUGCUUUGCAGGAACCUGCAUGGUUGGACUCAUUCAAAACUGAUUACAGAUAUAAAGUCACCUGUUGCAAAGCAGGAGAGACAAACCCUGAAACAGUCUGUAGAAGAGUUCAUUAUUAAGACUGCUGAUCACAGACAGCCAACUCAGCCCCCCCUGGUGGUCUCUCAUAAACGUACACUCCCACAGGUGCUCCAGUCUGACACUGAACUACCAGAGGAUGUGGAGCUGGAGGGGGAAGAUGACAACACACUGUCCCCGGAAUAGGCAGGUGUGAAUUACGGUAAUUGAAUCAUCUUGGUACAUUUGGUAUAUAGGGUUUGUUCCCAGAGAAGUGUGUGUGGAUGGCAGUGGCAACAGGGUGAUCUGUGCUGGGAUGCCGGAGUCUUUGACGGUCACUAGAUGACCGAGGACGACUAACGGAUAAGUUUGACUUUCAAUCAUAUAUUUCUAAGUGCUGCAUUGAUGUUGAAUAUCUCUUGGAUUGGAGAGAAACAUUUGCUUUUUUGGCUUGAACAUUUAUUGAUAUAUAAGUAUUUUUCCUUCACCAUUGCCAUUUGUUAUGGGGUUUUUUUUAAAGUGUCUUUUUUGGAAACAAACUUUCAUAUAUUAAUUAAGAAGUUUGAGUGCCCUUUAACUACAAAGUUUAAAUAUCCUGGACCAGUGAAGGAACAGACUGAAGGGAGCACCACCUGAGAAUUGCUGGGGAGUGUGCAUUUGUUUAAAGUGUCUCUCUUUAUAUAUAUAUAUAUAUAUAAUAUACACACACACAUAUAUAUAUAUAUAUAUAUAUAUAUAUAUAUAUAUAUAUAUAUAUCUGCUCUGUGUGUGACACCCGGCCUAUACACAUAGAAACACCCUGAUGUAUAAAUAUCCUGGAGAUAUGGCCUCCAGAACUGGACACAGUAUUCUGGAUUAGAGCUUACCAAUGACCUAUACAGUGUCAUUCUGCUGCUGAUUCCUCUCCCAAUGCAGCCAUGCAUCUGACUAGCCUUCCUCAUUGUUGUGUUACAUUGCUUACCUGCCUUUAUAUCACCUGACAUAGUGACUCAUAGAUCCCUUUCCUCCUCAGUAGUUUCCAGUAUAGUGCCAUUAAUACGAUAUUUAUUAUCUGGAUUUUUGAGACCCAAGUGCAUGAUUUCGCAUUUUUUGGCAUUAAACUGUAAUUGCCGCACUCUUGACCAUUCCUCUAGUCUACCUAGAUCCUCAAUCAUUUGUUUUACCCCUCCUGGUGUGUCUACCCUGUUGCAUACCUUUGUGUCAUUUGCAAAAAGGGUAUACUUUCCCUUUAAUGCCAUUUGCAAUGUCACCAAUAAAUAUAUUAAAAAGCACUGGUCCAAGUACAGAUCCCUGGGUACUCCACUGGUAACAUUCCCCUCCUGUGAAUGCACUCCAUUUACUACAACUCUCUGUUUUCUAUCCUGCAACCAAGAUUUUAUUCAUUCAACAAUCUUAGUUUCCAAUCCCAAGCUUUUGAGUUUAUUUAGCAGUCUGUGAUGUGGGACAGUGUGAAAGCCUUACUAAAGUCUAGAUAAGCUAUAUACACGGCUCCACCUUUAUCCAUCACUUUAGUCACACAGAAACGUCAGUAAGAUUUGAGUGACAUGGUCUCCCCCCAGUGACUCCAUGCUGUGUGGGAUCCAGUAAAUUGCUGGAUUUGAGAUAAUCUACAACUCUUUCUUAUGAGUGUUUCCACCAAUGUCCUACUACUGAUGUAAGACUCGCUGGUCUGUAGUUGUUGCCUCUUCCUGGCUUCCACUUUUGUUUUGUUUUUAUAAUAAUUUUUAUUGAUGAACAUAAAAUCAUUAAAUAAUACAUUGCACAGUGACAGGAGUUACACAGUUACAGAGUCAUGUGACAAGGAAAUGCAGAUACAUAAGAACAAGACUCCGAGCAGUAACCGGAGUUAGAGUAUAUAUACAUUAGAGGAAACUAGCUGUGUAAUAAGGUGUACCUGUGUGUAACACAGCCAGAAUGUACCAUGAGGGGAACUGAAAGCUUUGUCUAAGUGUUUUACCUCAGAUGGUAAUGUGUGAAUAAAGGGUAAACAUCUCCAAAAACAUUUCCUCCCGACCUUUGUUACUUGAUGUAUCCGUCCAAUCCAUAUAAAAUAGAUGAGUCUAGGUGUAAAUGGAGAAAAUGAAGGAGCAGAAGGUGCGGUCAGUUUUUUGCUGCACCCGCAAUCUUACAUAAUAAUAGUUUAUUACCACUAGUUGUCUGAUGUACCGAUAUGUAUUAUUCGGACUGAAAUGUCCUUUAUUACAAAUAUCAAGCAAAGU